UUUCGGUGUUUUAAAGCCCAUUUCGGACCAUAUCUUGUUUUAAUAUGUAACUAGGUACCUAAUUUUGAGAGAUGCAUUUCGACACAUUUUUGUUACAGAAAAUAACAUCUUUAACGUUGCAUUUGCUGGCUAGCAAACGUUAACGCGUUAGACAUGUAAACAUAGCUAGCUACAGUUAGCAGUAACGUUAGCUAACUACUAUACAUAGCUAAUGCUGGUUUUUAGCAGAUGUCCGGCCUUUUUCUUACAUUGGCCCAGUCAGCCGUGUCAUGAGUUGAGCGUUGGCCAGUGAGCUGGCUACGCAACAUCGCGCCUAUGUUUAAUUUCAAUGUGUAACUAGUUAGCUGGUUAACUAGCUGUUAACGUUACUAGUGCUGACAAUGUCAUAGAUUGAGAUCAGUGUGGUCCUUCUGUAGCUCAGUUGGUAGAGCAUGGCGCUUGUAACGCCGGGGUAGUGGGUUCGAUUCCCGGGACCACCCAUACGUAGAAUGUAUGCACACAUGACUGUAAGUCGCUUUGGAUAAAAGCGUCUGCUAAAUGGCAUAUAUUAUUAUUAUAUUAUGAAAGGAAACGUUAGCUAACUAGAGCUGGAUAGCUAUCUAGCCGAAUAAACUAACAUUGCUUGAGCUUUGUCGGCUAAUUAGAUGCUGUAGGUAGCUACUGUGGUUUUAGUGAAUCCAUCAUUGCAAUGACCCCCAUCACACCUAAUUUAUUAGCAACGUAAUCGCCAACCUCAGCGGCAGAGCUAAAGCUGAUAGCUAGUCGUUUGAUUUAAUCAGCUACUACAUUAUAAACUGUAUUCAGGGAAAAACAACAUCCAGUCUAUUUUGCAGAGAAUAUGUAACAUACAUCAACAUGACAUCCAGAUUUGGUAAAACCUACAGCCGUAAGGGAGGGGAGGCCAACUCCAAAUUUGAUGAGGUCUUCUCCAACAAGAAGGCCACACUGAGCACCAAAUGGGGAGAAACCACAUACAAGGCCCAGCUGGGCUCCAAGCGGCCCCUUCAAAAGCCUGAGGUAGUCGAGUUACUCAAGAGGCCCCGCAUUGAGGAUGACGACUGCUCAGAGGAUCCUUUUGGUUUUGACAGCGACGAUGAGUCCAAUCCUGUCACCUCCCACAGUGUGCCCCAGUCUGAACCAGCUGAAGGUGAGGCCAGUAAUAUGCCACCUGCUACAACCACAGUCCCAGUGGAUAACGGUAGGAACAGCACAGCUACAGGCAAGCAAACAUUGUCUAAUGAGGGUGCAGAAAAGAGUAGCCAGUCCUUGUACAGAAGUAAAUCUGACAGUAACCAGAAACCUAUUGCUCAGUCCUCUGUUACAAAGACUGUGCCCAAGGACCCCUAUGUGGAAUGGAGCUUAAUAGGGACCCAGAGGUCUUCUACCUCCUCCACUAGUAUGGACCCUCUCCAGGAAAAAGACUCAGCUGAGGCACCAGGGUUUAGCGGAGACUCACAGUUCUCUUCUUCCCAGGAUGGGCUCUCAGCUGGGAUGAAAAGUACUCAACAGGAGGCCCCGGCCGAGCCUGUUGUUGACAACCUUCCCCCCUCCCCGUUCCUCCUCAGGCCCUGCAACACUAGGAAAUACAUCCGUCCCAAACCCAACAAGGCCUCUGACGUUCCAGAUGCUUCUGCUGCUUGCGACGUCAAACUGCCUGUAGCCGCCAGCGUUCAGGCUGCACUGAAGUCCAAGAGUGUGUCCGCUGCCAGCGGUAGCGGCAGUGCUAAUGCUAGCACAACGGUGGCCAAACCUGCUGGCAGGGGUCGGGUACGGGACUACACGGUGCUGCAUCCAUCCUGCCUGUCGGUGUGUAAUGUCACCAUCCAGGACUCCAUAGAGCGCAGCAUGGACGAGCUCAUCACCAGCACACCCCCUACUGACCUGGGGGAGGUGGGAUGGCUGAGGAAGAAGGCAGAUGUACCUCCAGCCAAACCCAACAGGUUCCGCACCACCCAGAGUAAAUCCAAGAAGGAGACCAAGCUGGAAUUUUUCGGCUUUGAGGACAAGGGUGACCAGGAGGGGGAGGAUGGUGCGGACCCCACGGCCGGCGGCAGCAGCUACAAGAUCAAGUACUUUGGCUUUGACGAUCUCAGCGAGAGCGACAGUGACGAAGAGGAUGGCACCCAUGUCAAAGUGAAGAGGAAGGCCAAGAAGGCUGCAGCAGUGGCGGUAGCAGCCAUGGCUGUUAGUGUGCAUAGCCCUCAGCCCAGCGACUCUCAGGACAGCCAGAGCAGCAGCAAUACAGAUAUUCUGGAGUUUUCUGAUGACUCUAACUUUGGUGGGUCUGAAGAGCAGAAGGGUCGUUCAGGAAAACAAGGGGACACAUCCAAGGACAUUGGCAGGAAGAUCUUCAGUGGACCAAAAAAGUCCCCUGCUAAAGCUGUGUACAAUGCUCGCCACUGGAACCAGCCUGAGCCUGAGGAGAUUCCCCUGCCACCCCUUGCCUGCGCGCACACUGCUCCGGCCAGCAUAUCGAGCGGAAGUAGCAAGGACACCAAUUCUCACAAAGACGACGGUCUGUUCAAAGCGCCUCCCCCACCGCCCAAAGUCAUCAAGUCUGUGACCAUCCCCACUCAGCCUUACCAGGACAUCGUCACAGCUCUCAAAUGCAGGAAGGAACACAAGGAGCUGUACACGGUUGUGCAUAAUGUGAAGCACUUCAACGAUGUGGUAGAGUUUGGUGAAAACCAGGAGUUCACUGAUGACUUUGAGUACCUGGAGACAGGCCUGAAGAGCAGCCAGCCACUCAACACACGAUGCCUUAGUAUAAUCAGUUUAGCCGCAAGGUGUGCAAUGCCCAGUUUCCGGAUGCACCUACGGGCCAGAGGGAAGGUGGCUCAGGUCUUCAAGAUGUUGAAUGAUGCCCCGCUGCAUCCGAACCUGGCCCUGUGUACAGCCUCUCUGAUGUACAUCCUAAGCAGAGACAGGUUAAACAUGGACCUGGACCGGGCCAGUCUGGAGCUGAUGAUCAGACUGUUGGAGCUGGAGCACGACCACUCGGGCCACCACCAGGACCAGCUCACUGCCAAGGAGAUGACCAAGGUCAAGGAGAAGAUCCGCAAGCUAUGUGAGACUGUUCACAACAAGCACCUGGACUUGGAGAACAUCACGUCGUGUCACCUGGCCAUGGAGACCCUGUUGUCUCUGACCUCGAAGAGGGCCGGGGACUGGUUCAAAGAGGAGCUGCGCUUACUGGGAGGCCUGGACCACAUUGUAGAUAAAGUGAAAGAAUGUGUUCAGAACCUGAUUCAAGAGGAAGACAAAGAGAAGCUGGUGUCAUCGCUAUGGGGGGCAGAGAGGUGUCUAAGAGUACUGGACAGUGUGACUGUCCAGAACCCAGAGAACCAGGGCUACCUGAUCGCCUACAAGGACUCUCAGCUCAUAGUGUCCUCUGCCAGAGGUUUGCAGUACUGUGAGGACAUGAUUCAGCGCUACAGCCGGGAGGUGAACAGCUCUCUGUGUUCGUCAGGCACGGCGCUGCCCCACUGCAGCUUCAGCAACGUGGGCAAGGCCGUUGAGGACUGCAUGAGGGCAGUCAUAGGGGUGCUACUCAAUCUCACCCACGACAAUGAGUGGGGAAGCACUAAGACUGGAGAGCAGGACCGGCUCAUCAUCACAGCACUCAACUGUGUCCUACGGGUCCCACGCUACAUACCUCAGGAACAACGCUUUGACAUCAGAGUCCUGGGCUUGGGUCUGCUGAUUAACCUGGUGGAGUACAGUGCCAGAAACCGCCACUGUCUGGUGGACAUGGAGUUCACCAGUUCAACCAGCCCUGUAGGCAUCCAGGGAGAGGCAGGGGGAGAAGAGACCCAGACCCCUGUAGGCAUCCAGGGAGAGGCAGGGGGAGAAGAGACCCAGACCCUUGAAGGCCUCCAGGGAGAGGCAGGGGGAGAAGAGACCCAGACCCCUGUAGGCAUCCAGGGAGAGGCAGGGGGAGAAGAGACCCAGACCCUUGAAGGCCUCCAGGGAGAGGCAGGGGGAGAAGAGACCCAGACCCCUGAAGGCCUCCAGGGAGAGGCAGGGGGAGAAGAGACCCAGUACCCUGAACAAUUCCUAGCCUCCACAGAUCCAGCUACAGCAGCCCUUACAGAGGGUGAGGCUGAGAAGAAGACCAAGGGCUCCUCUUCAAGUGCCCUGGCUGCUCUGGUGCAGUUCUUCUUGGAGCGGGAGCGAGCAGCCAUAUUGGCUGAGGCGCAGACUGAUGACCUCAUCAGUGAACCUCUCAAGCCCCAGGACCAGAGCGGGGAGUGGCAGGAGACAUCGGGCGAGAUCCAGUGGGUCGCUGCAGAAACCAACGACGGUGAGAAUGACAAGGAAAAGGACACAAAGAAAGACGAGGAAGACGAGGAGCUGGAUCUCAACAAAGCUCUGCAGCAUGCUGGGAAGCACAUGGAGGACAGCAUUGUGGCUUCCUACACAGCUCUGCUCCUGGGUUGUCUGUGUCAGGGCAGUCAGGUUAAUGUGACAACUGUGCGGGUAAACCUUCCCAUGGGAGAUUUCUCAAUAAUGACGGAAAUGCUGAAGAAGUUCUUAAAUUUCAUGAACCUUACUUGUGCAUUUGGCACCACAGGGCAUAAGUCCAUCUCUCGUGUCAUAGACUAUCUGGACCACUGUUAGUGAACCCUUCUUUGCACUCUUGAGUGCAGAUAAGGGGACAUCUUUUCAGAUCUGGCAACCCAACAAGGGUCCCACCAGAUCUGGCAACCUUAGCAAGGUUAUGUCAGAUGUGGCAUCCCCAGCAGGACGGGCUGUACAGAGAAUCCACCAGAGAUCAUCGGUGUCCCAACAGUGUCCCCAGCAUUGCUUCAACAUGUGUUCUCAUUCUGAAGAACAAGACACACACCACACACACAAUGGCCUGUGAUGGUUGUAGAAAAGGGAAGGGAACUGUAGAAAAGGGAAGUUCUGAUUAUGACCAUUUGCAUAAGCUCGCGGUCAAGUUGAAAUCUUCUGGAUUUUUCUUCAAUGCUUGUUUAAGUUAUUCUCACAAGGUCAUGUAAUGUAACAUCAUUCUACAUUUAAGAAAUCAUCAGUUCAGGAUGACUGAUUGUUAUUUAAGUAUUUGUUUUUAAAUAAUGGCACUUGAAUUACUUAAAAUUGUUUUACUCAUUGCCCUUCCAAAUUUGACUUUACAGUCAAACUGAGUUUUGUGUUUUAAAUUUGCAAUGGGUCGUUUUUAUGAUUGGUUAUGCUGUGUGAGAUGCUUCAAGUCUCUACAGUUCCUUACCUUUUACAUGUUCCACCUAACACAUCACUUGAAGUGGCUGGAUAUAAUAACUGCUGUUUGUACGGUUUUCAUUACACUCCCAGAAACCCUGGUAAACCGGACUAACAUUAAUAAUAACCAAACCUCGGCCAACUGGCAUAAUCCUCAUUGAACAUUGUUGUUUGCCCAUACUGUGGGUGUCAGUGGUGGUUAGUGCCACUUUAAAUGAAGAAGACUGUCUCAUAGUAAUGGUUGGAAUGGCCACACGUUUGGUACCAUUCCAUUCACUCCAUCCAUUACUACGAGCCGUUCUCCCCUCACCAGCCUCCUCUGGUGGGCAUUGUAUCUUACCACUUCAAGUAGCGCUGAUCCAGAACCAAGCCCAGGGUUCACCACCUGGACCUGGACAGGGGGUGCAGGUUGCAUCCAGCCCUACAGUAAUUAUUAAAAGCCUGCACACCUAGUACCCUGCGUUGGUGAUCCCUGUCCUAAACCCAACCCCCCCUAGGCACCCCCAAGUCUGUGAGCACUGGAUAGUAAAAUGGUGACAAUUCUACCUAGUUUAUCGGAGGGAAAAGUGAAGUAACUACCAUACUGCUUAUACCUAUCCUUUCCGAUCUGCUUGUGGUGGUAGCCUCUGGACAGGGCUGUAGUGUUUCUUUACUGCCCCUUGUGUCUUAAGUCAUCAUGUUGGACAUGACCUUCCUACUCUGAGCGGUGAACCAGUACCCCUAAACCUCAUUUCAGCUACUCUAACUAGUCCUGUGCUCCAAUAAGAUACUGAUUGAAUGACUGCCAUACAGAUUUCAUUUCCCUCUGAUUUGUAGAGCUGCAAUUGAACAGACAUGUUACCUGCAAGUUGAGUUGCAAAUCUAGGAUGUAUUCAUUAUGACGAUUCUGUUGCAAAAUGUUUUUACAAACAAAACAAGGGUUUCUAUUGGACAAAUUCAGUUAGGUCCGUUCCAUUUUUGUUUGCUUCCGUUUGGUUGUUAAACGGUUUCUAUAAUGAAAGGAAUUUCAGAAUGUAAACACCUGUAAAUAGUGGUUAGUGGAUGUUAGAAUGCUAGACUACUUUUCUGAAGCUGAUAUUUUUAUUUUCUACAAUAUUUCUGAGUUGUCAUUUUGAAGUAAAAGCAAAAAAAAUACAAAGACCGCUGCAGGACGAAAAAAGUUUGUACUGGUUUUGAGGACGUUGUCUUUGAUUACAUGUAAAUAAUUGUAACUCAAAUAAAAAGUUACUUUCAGUA